UGGCACACUUACAAUCCAACAUGGCAUUUCACAAUCCAGCCAAACAGGGGAAAACCCGAUAUGUCCUACUUAAGAGAGAGCAGCGAUGCAGUCUUUGUCACACUCUCACUGAAUUCCCUCAGGCACUUCAAGACAGACACCACAGACUCACUCCGCACCAACCGGCAAGGCAAGGACAUCAACUGAGGAACCAUGACAAGCGGCAGAGUGUUUCUCCUGGCAGCCCUGUGCUCCCUCUUCAUCCUGACUACCUUUAUUGACAGCACAGAGUCAGCCCGCUGCUGCCUGUGCUACUCAAGAAGACAUUUGAAAUGCAGCAGACUGCUGGGCUACACCAUCCAGACCAGCACCGCUUCCUGUGACAUCGAGGCCAUUAUUUUCCACGGCAAAGGGACUUUUAUCUGUGCUGACCCAUUGUCCAGCCACACCCAGAAGUUGAAGAGGUGCCUUGAAAGAAGAAGACCUUAGAGAUCCUCAAACAGGAAACCAAAAUAACCUCUGCAUCAACUUAAACCUUCGACAACAGUUCAUAUGACGCCUGAACCAUAUCUGCUUUGGAUAAUGACACACCUUCUACACUUAAUUAGCAUGAUUUUUGGUAUAUUUCCUAUUUAUAUUUAUAUUUAUAUUUAUAUAUAUAUAUAUUAUAUAUAGACGUGUAGUAUUCUUAAUACAGCCUAAACUGAAUGCUGAGCUUUCAGUGCUUCAAAACAGAUAUUAUAUAUAUAAACAAAUAUUUAUUCUUUAUCUAUUUUUUUAUGUGUAAACAGUUAUUUUAUAGUGUUUGGAUGUCAGAGAACUGGAGUAGCAAUCACUGUAUGCAGUUUUAAAAGUGUGGACGUUUGAUUGUAAUACAUAUUGUUAAGUAAUUUAUUAAAACAGAUUUUUGAUUCAA